CCAUGAUUUGACACGGCUAUGCCUCCAGAUACUUUUAACACAAAAUCAAUUUUUUUUCUUUCUGAAAACUGAAACAAAAGCAUCCUUAAUCAUAGUCUCGUGAUGAUUAAUUAAUAAGCUGAAACUUUUUGGUGGGGAAAGAAAAUGCUGCUAGCUUAACCAGAAUCACUUAUAUAAUCUAUGCCCAUCGUUUGCAUGUGAGUCCUGAGCUGUGAUGUCUUCCGUUAAAAUAUAACUGCCAGAUAAUAUGGGGAAAGAAAUCUCACCUGUCUUCUCUUGCCAUUAUUUUCAACAAGUAAAAAAAAACUCGUUUCUUCCACGAACGUCAUCGGAGCUGCCGUUACUCGCCGCCGGAGCAGUUGUGCCGGACUUAUUCGCCGCCGUCCCCUCAUUCAAAAGGGGUGGUUGGAGGAGUCAAAAUUGCAUCUAGUUUGGUGUUGGAAUCGUUGACAUGGAGAGAAUGAGCAGUGAUGGUGGUUCUUCAAUUAAAAGGCGUUCGUUGAGCAUGUCAAGUCAUAGAAGCCAUCACACAGAUAACGGUAUUGAUUGCGAGAGUGUUUCAGAAGCCGGUGACAUUGGAGAUCGAGCUCUUCCGAGCAGAAGGUUCAGCCAAAGCAACAGUUUUCACUCUGAAAAUGGAGGUGGUGGUGGUGGUGUUGUUUCCAUUCCACAGGAGUUGCAUACAUUGCAUCCAAACUCCUCUGUUAGACCUUUGCCUCAUCAACUUUCAUCCACCCCUCCUCUUUCUACCGAUGCAAGAGUUGGUUCUCAAGACUCAAAAUUUGAACCAUCUAAAGGUUUGCCGGAGUUUCUAGACUAUGUUUCAUGUACGGCUCAGUUAGCUGUUUUCGGAAUUCUUGGGGUCAUCACAAGAUAUUUACUGCAAAAAUUAUUUGGCCCUGGGGUUGCCAACGUGACUAGCAACCAUACUAUUCUUUACCUUGACCUUCCUUCUAAUAUGAUCGGUUCAUUUUUAAUGGGAUGGUUUGGUGUUGUAUACAAAAAAGACAUAUCUAAUGUGUCAGAGCAUCUAGCCGUAGCUAUAACAACUGGUUACUUGGGGAGCCUUACAACCUUCAGUGGUUGGAAUCAAAAAAUGCUUGAACUCAGUGCUUCCGGCCACUGGGUCAUCUCUUCACUUGGCUUUCUAAUAGGUUUAGCUCUCGUUGCCGUUUCCAUCGCAUUUGGGAUUGAAACUGCAAAGGGUUUCAGACUGCUUCUCAACAGGCAGAAUAUUACAAAACCAGAAAACGGUACCUUUAUGAUCAACUUCAAAGUAGACAGCUACCGUCGCCAAUUGACAAUUAUGAUGAUCUUCUUGGUGAUAUUGGGCGUAUUAUGGGGUGUCAGUGGUGCAUUAGUAAAGGCUAAGUUCAAGCGUGGUGGCAGUGCUGCUGAGUUGUGGUUUGCUUGCAUGGUUGGACCUAUAGGUGUGUGGAUUAGAUGGUUCUUAGCGAGGCUUAAUGGACAUGGGUUAGGAAAAGAUGGUUUAAGAUUUAAAUGGAUACCAUUUGGGACUCUAAUUGCCAAUGUAUCAGCUGCUUGUGCUAUGGCUGCACUUUCUACUAUAAAGAAUGCAGUGAACACAAGGAAUUGUGAUACUGUUGUAGCAGGAAUACAGUUUGGAGUGAUGGGGUGCCUUAGUACUGUCUCUACUUUUGCUGCUGAGUUUAAUGCAAUGAGAAAAAGUAGCGACCCUUGGAGAGCAUAUGCAUAUGCUGCGAUUACAAUAUGUGUCUCGUUCUCUUUUGGAAUCUUAAUAUAUUGCGUUCCUUAUUGGACAAAGGGAUUUGACAUUGACACGUAGCAAUUGGUAAUGCAAUCAUGUUUUUAACUCUUGAUCCGGUGUGGUCGAAACAUCAAACCGUGGUAGCAUCCUCCCUAAUUAUUCCAAAGAUAACAAUAUUUUUACAUUGGGACCGAGCGAUUCGAAGAAACGGAGUAAUGUAUUUACCACUAUUGAAAAGAAGGUGGUGGUUUUGAGUUUGAAUCCCAUUCAACCUGCAGCACCAAGCAGCACACUUUUUUGAGUGGUUGAAGAUGCAGUUUUGUGUUACACUUUAACUAUUUAAUUGGAACACGCGAUUGUUCCGUCUAAUGCUUAUUUUGGUUCUUACUUGGCUAUGUUCCUUUGUAAGUUUUAACAAGAUUUAAAUCAAAUGAAGUAAUCUUUUCUGGUGAA